CACAACAUUUAGUGAUCAAAAAUAGUUCAUCUAAGACUUUUGUUUCAAAGAAAGCCCAAUUUAUCGCAGUCUAAAUGAAAUUGCGAAUAAUUUACUGGCUUGUUUUGUAAGAAAAAUGUUUGGUCACGACAUUCGAAGCUACGAUCUGAAGGUGGAGCUUGCCAAAUGUUUCAACGGUCACGGGAUUGUAUAUUUGGCACAGCAUCUGCCUUCUCGGCAACAUGUAGCAAUCAAAAAAUUUCUCAUGGAAGAUCUGAAGAAUGAUUUCUCUUUCAUCAUGGAGGAAUCGAAGCAUUUGAGAGAGUUCAAUCACCCCAACAUUCUGAGCUAUCAUACGGCGUUUGUACACAAUCUGGAUCUGUACUUCAUCCUUCCAUUAAUGUGUUUCGGCUCAUGUCGGGAUACAAUGAGUAACUACUUCGAGACCGGUUUCCCGGAAAUAUUAUUAGCAUGCAUCCUGAGGGACGCAGUUCUUGGGUUGGAGUAUCUACACAGGAAGGGAUACGUUCACCGUUCGAUCAAAGCCAGUCACAUCUUCCUGAACGAAUCGAGGGCCAUACUCGGUGGAUUUCGGGUAUGUACGAGCUUUCUAGGCGAAGGAAAGCGAGUCAAAAACCUUCACGAGCUUCCUCCACAUUCAACCAAGAGUCUCAACUGGUUGGCACCGGAAGUGCUAGCGCAGAAUCUUCUAGGCUACACGGAGAAAUCGGACAUCUAUAGUCUGGGCAUAACGGCUUGCGAGUUGGCCAACGGGGUAGAACCGUUCAGUAAUUUUCAAACCACUCUUAUGCUCACGGAAAAGAUGAGAGGCUAUCAGCCGCUUUUGCUGGAUUGUACGACCAUUCCCAGUGAGGAAGUGUUUACCCAGGCUAUGGAUUCCGGCGUUGGAGACAGUAAUUCGUCGCAAACACGGCAAAUCUACGCCUCGAGGCAGUUUUCCGAUGCGCUGCAUAAGUUUGCCGAACUUUGCUUGGUUUCGAAUCCUAGCGAAAGGUCAAGUACACUGGGGCUACUUAAUCAUCCCGUUUUCAAGCAGUGCAAACAUACGAGCAUCCGAGAACAGUUUGUCGCGUGUGGAAUUGAAACUGCAGACUUUAAUACAAUUAAAGAUGACGAAUUGAAUCUGUCGAACGAAUUCUCAGGAAUGUCCAUGGACACCAGCGGUGGUAAUUUCGAGUGGGAUUUUUAGGAUUCCUAGGCAGAUUUUACCCCAUGUUCCUUUAUAGUGGCCGACCUUAGGCGCUUGAACCAUUGAGGCGUAGACUAUGAUAAUUCUUCCACGUUUGUGUGCUCGCACUCGCACAUACACAUACACCUUUUGCAAUCAAAAUUCUCUGUUUUACUUGUAAUAAUUAAUUGGACGUUACCUGUUCUGUACCACGGAUAGCGAUACUUAGCUGAUGAAACGAAGAGACAAUGCAAAUUUCCGUUUGGAUAUGAUGUGCAAAGUAACUGUAGGUCAGAAUGGAUAUGUUUUAGCGUAGUGAAGAAACGAAUCAGAACAUUAGUGUAUAAAUUAGGCUUUUAUUACUCAUUAAAAAUAUAAUAAAGGUUUUAUAUAGGUAUUAAAAGCAGUUUUUUAUUUACUUUCAAACGUAAUAGUUGAAGAAAUGCAUUCGAUGAUUGCUAUAACCAGUUGCAGGUUCAAAAGUCUUACAUAUGCAACUAAACAACGAAAAUGAAGAAUGUGCAGACUGUAAAUAAUACUACUUAGUAUUUUUUGAUAAAAUUUAACACCUGAACUGGUUUUCCAAUCCGAUGGCAUAAACGUUAAACUGUUGAAAACAAAGAAAAUCAUGUUAAGUAACAUUUUGAACCCUACACUGUGUCCUGCCUAUCGGACGAAGCUAAAUAUAAAUUUGAUAGUUCCACCUUUUGUUGUAACUAUUUUUAAGUUCAUUGAACAAAACUUGGGCACAUUCGAAUUCUAAUAGAUGUUUUUCUUUCUUUUAAGUGGAAGUAUCUAAUACAUGACAUAGUAAAACAUGGUGGAUAUGCUGCAUCCAGCAUUGUGGUCCAUAUCUAACCGCUCAUGACCAUUCGAA